GUCCGGGCACCUACACGCUGCCCAAGCUGAUGGGCCCCAAUACAGCCUACACGGCGGCCAGCCCCUGCUACUCCAUGAGGGGAAGGAGCCAGCGUGGCCGCUUUGACGAAGACCUUGCCAAGACUCCGGGUCCCGCGGCGUUUCCCAAGGUAGCUGUGGACGCCUACAAGACCAGGGCGCCCGCGUACACCAUGGCGGCCCGACCAAAGCCUGCAGAGGGCAAAGCAGUGAAGCCCGGGCCCGCAGACUACAACAUAGGCCGGGUGACGCUGAUCAAGCCCCGGGCGCCUGCAUCCACUUUUGGAAUCCGGCAUUCCCUCUACACAACCCCUCUGAUUGUGGAAUAAAACAGCCACGUCUGGAAGGCCGCCUUUGCUUUCCUGGCAUGGGAGGGGACGGGAAGACACCAAUCAACUGCCGGUUUCCACUUGAUUCCAUUUCCAUCUAUGGAC